AUGCUAAGAUUGAGUCGAAUACGGGGCAGUAACACUAUUUUCAGAAGAUUUAAGCAUCAUGUAUUGGGAAUUGAUUUAGGAACAACGAACUCAGCUGUUGCUACUAUUGGAUCAGAUAAACAACCAUUUAUACUUGAGAAUGAAGAAGGCAAAAGAACCACACCAUCAAUUGUAGCUUUCAAAGAUAAUGAAACCCUAAUAGGCUUACCAGCUAAGCGACAAGCACUAAUAAAUCCCAAGAAUACAUUUUUUGCAACAAAAAGAUUAAUUGGAAGAAAAUUUGAAGACGAAGAAGUUCAAAGAGAUAUCAAGAAUGUACCUUAUAAAAUUAUACCUGCCAAGAAUGGUGAUGCAAUAUUGGAAACUUCAAAUGGGAAGAAGAUAAGUCCUUCAGAAAUAGGUGGAUUGAUACUUAAUAAAAUGAGAGAUAUAGCUGACAAACAAUUGGAUGAAAAAAAUAUAAAUCAAGCUGUUGUUACAGUACCAGCAUAUUUUAAUGAUAGUCAAAGACAAGCAACUAAAAAUUCAGGAAAGUUAGUGGGUUUAGAUAUACUACGAGUAAUUAAUGAACCAACAGCAGCAGCUUUAGCAUAUGGAUGUGACAAAUCAAGAAAAGAGGGAGUUGUUGCAGUUUUUGAUUUUGGUGGUGGAACAUUUGAUAUUUCAAUAUUAGAUAUUGAAGAUGGUGUAUUUGAAGUAAGAGCAACUAAUGGAAAUACUCAUUUAGGUGGAGAAGAUUUUGAUAUUGUAUUGAUGAAUUAUAUUAUUAAUGAGUUCAAGAAAAAAAAUGGAAUUGAUUUAUCUAAUGAUCAUUUAGCAGUGCAAAGAAUAAGGGAAGCAGCUGAAGAAGCUAAAAUAGAAUUAUCAAAAGUUCCUGAAACUGAAAUCAAAAUACCUUUUAUUCAUGAAGAUAAACAUAUCGACUUAAAAUUAACUGAAGAUCAGCUUGAUGAAAUGACAUUACCAUUGAUUGAAAAAGUCAUUGAUCCAGUGAAAAAAUGUGUCAGAGAUGCUGAUUUGAAAUUCAAAGAUAUUGAUGAAGUACUUUUAGUUGGUGGUAUGACAAGAAUGCCCAAAAUAAGAAAAGUUGUUGAAGAAUUAUUUGGGAAAAAGCCAAGUACCGCAGUAAAUCCAGAUGAAGCAGUUGCACUAGGAGCCGCAAUACAAGGGGCAGUUUUGUCUGGAAAAGUUAAAGACGUGGUUUUAUUAGAUGUAACUCCAUUAUCUUUGGGGAUAGAAACUUAUGGUGGUAUAUUUAGUCCUUUAAUUCCAAGAAACUCAGCUGUACCUUUAAAAAAAGAGCAGAUUUUUUCAACAGCGGUAGAUGGUCAAACAGGAGUUGAAAUUAGGGUCUAUCAAGGGGAAAGAAUGUUGGUUAAAGAUAAUAAAUUAAUUGGUCAAUUUAAAUUAUCAAAUAUACCAAAAGGUCCAAAAGGAACCCCACAAAUUGCAGUAGAAUUUGAGAUUGAUGCUGAUGGUAUUAUAAAUGUUAGUGCUACUGAUAAAACUCCGUACCCAAAAGAUUCACCUAACUAUGGAAAACCAAAUUCAGUCUCAAUUCAAGUAACAGAAAUUGGGUUAACUGAUGCAGAUGUAGAAAGAAUGAUAUCAGAAAGUAAUAGCAAUAAGAAAGAAGAUGAAGAAAUGAGAAAAUUAUAUGAACAUACAUCAAGAGCAGAAUUAUUAUGCACUGAUACUGAAAUUGCAUUAAUUCAAUUUGGAGAACAAAUGGAAAAUUUAGAAGUUGAAGAAAUUAAAAACCUAAUAAGUGAAGCUAAACAGCUAAUUGAAAAAAUAAGAGAUCGUAAACUAAAAGAUCCUAAAGUACUUAAUGAUAAGAUCAAUGAAAUGCAAAAAGGAUGUAUGGAGGCUAUCAAAAAAGUAGCUAUAAAACAACAAAAGCAAACACAAAAAGAAUAG